AUGAAUUUUGUCAAAAUUUUUGUUCGUAAGAUGAGUCAAAAUACAAAUUUGAAGCCUUUGAAUCGAGUUGGCGUUAUCGGUGUGCCGUUUGAAAAGGGACAAAAGAAAUACGGAGUUAGCAUCGCACCGGCAGCCGUACGAGCAGCGGGUCUCAUAGAUGAACUAAAAGAAAUCGAUGGUUUAGAUGUAAAAGACUUCGGGGACAUUGAAACAAGUUCAUGCGAAAAUAAUGUAAAUGUCAACAACAUGAAUCAUUUACCACUAGUGUCGGCUUGCAACAAGAAUUUAUCAGAACGUGUGUCACAUGUUCUCAAAGAUGGAAGAAUUGCAGUAACUGUAGGCGGAGAUCAUUCUAUUGGUGUAGGUACCGUUGAUGGACACUAUAACGUGAAUGAAGACAUGAUUCUAAUUUGGGUUGAUGCUCAUGCGGACAUUAAUACGAACAAGACUUCGGAAUCUGGUUCUGUUCACGGUAUGCCAGUGGCUCUGUUGGUCAGAGAGCUUUCUGACUAUUGGCCUUAUUUGCCUACUAUGGACUGGCAAGUUCCUAGAUUUUCAAUAAAAAAUUUGGGCUAUAUUGGUCUACGAUCGGUGGACAAAUAUGAAAGACUGGCCAUAGAAAAAUAUAAUGUUCCAACUUUCACAAUGGAAGAUGUUGAUUUACACGGAGUAGAAAAAUCAAUAACGCACUUACUUAAAGUUUUAGACCCAGAAAAUAGAAAACCUAUCCAUGUGAGCUUUGACAUUGAUUCACUAGAUGCUUUGGAAGCUCCAAGCACGGGAACACCAGUAAGAGGUGGCCUAACUUUACGAGAAGCAAUUAAGCUGAUGGAGAUAAUUCACGCAACUGGACGUCUGAGAGCCAUUGACUUGGUAGAGAUUAACCCGGCAAUCGGCAACGAGAAUGACAGGAAAAGGACGAUAGAAGCUGGUUUAUGCGUGUUGAAAGCAGCUUUAGGGUUUUCUAGGAAAGGCUCUCCUCCUAAAGGCAUAACAGAUUUGCCCAUACAAACAAUUAGUAAUAACUAA